AUGAUGGUUUUUCCGGAGUUUCAAGAAGCGGAUCAAGUGGACGAUGCCGAAGUGUUUGCAUCUCGUGUAAAAAUGUUUCUGGCGGAGAAAGUUGACGUGGCAGAAAUGGACCAGCAGCGCAGAUUUCCGCAAGAAGUAAUUUACGCGUUUAAGAAAUUGGGCCUUUACGGUUUGAACGUGCCAAAAAAUCAAGGUGAAAGCAAAUUAACAUUUAACUACCACCUAAAUUCUGUAUGACU